AUGUGUUACGAUCGACUCAGAAGCAUUGUUGGUCGUAUACAGACUCUGUUUGGCAACUUGGCUACUCAAGGGUAUGAUGUGUAUGGGAACCUGCUCAGUCUUCUUGGAUCGCAUCAUGUGACUCUGGAGAUGGAAAUGCCUGCAAGAACAUUCUUGAAUUGGUACAAAAGAGCAUAUUACACUGCAUAUGCAUUCAACAUGCGACCUGUUAGUCAUCAUCCAUGCCAUAAGCCUUUUGUAUUUUACUUCUCAAAGGCAAACUACAAUGAUACAAUGCAACAAACACUGACCAAAUACGAAAAGCAUCAUGUCCCUAACCCAGAAUGUCGAUGGAAGAUGGCCAACCCUUCUUCUAUUGAGCGAAUAGAGGUACAUAAGAAGCUAGAUCCACAACUAUGCGAUAGGUUUCCAAGGAGAAGCUGUUGCAGAGUUAUGAAGUCGAAGAAGAAAGGAACCAUGGUGAUACAUGUGGGUGUGGUGUGUAGGGAAAAUGAGGUAAGAACCUUUCAAUCAUUACAUCUCAACCUGAGUCAGGUUUCAAAAGCUACCCCUAAUUUUUCAGAAACAUUACAAAUAGGAGAAGGAGGUUUUGGAAUUGUCUACAGGGCUAAUUUAGAUGAUGGCCUGGUCGUGGCUGUAAAACGCGCAAAAAGGGAACAUUUUGAGAGUUUGAGAACAAAAUUCAGCUGUGAAGUUGAACUCUUGGCCAAAAUUGAUCAUCGAAACCUGCUGAAACUACUUUGUUAUAUUGAAAAAGGAAACGAACGUAUCCUUAUUGUAGAGUUUGUGCCAAAUGGUACUCUUCAAGAACAUUUGGAUAAUUUGUUCGGGAAAAUCCUGGAUUUCAAUCAGCGUCUUGAAAUCGCAAUUGAUUUUGCUCAUGGAUUGACCUAUUUGCAUCUGUAUGCUGAAAAACAAAUUAUCCAUCGAGAUGUGAUGAUUUUGGAUUUAACUUACCAUCUCACUCCCAAAAGUGAUGCUUACUCCUUUGGAAUUUCCCUUUUAGAAAUUCUUACACCAGAAAAACAAAUUAUCCAUCGAGAUGUGAUGAUUUUGGAUUUAACUUACCAUCUCACUCCCAAAAGUGAUGCUUACUCCUUUGGAAUUUCGCUUUUAGAAAUUCUGACUGACAGCCGUCCUGUGGAAAUGAAAAAAACUCCUAAGAGCAAGAUACAUUAA